AUCCAAAGACAUUCAACACCAUGGUCCCCAGCCUACAUCAUAUACACCAUUCUUAUCAGAGCCACAAGGCCUAAACACACAUUUCGCAACUUAGAAACUCUUUUUCAGGCCUUUUUCUUUUCUUUGAGAUGGCUUCAAAUUCAAGGGCUCUUUCAACAACUGCCCUACUUCUCUCCCUUAACCUUAUGAUCUUCACUUUGGUUAGUUCCACAGAUGGUCCUUGUCCACGACCUUCAAAACCUUCUGAGGAGGCUACAUGCCCAGUAGAUACCCUAAAUUUGGGGGGUUGUGUGGACCUUUUAGAGGGUUUGUUGGGCCUUGUUGUAGGGGGUAGUACCCCACAAAAAACCCCUUGCUGCAGUCUGAUUGAAGGUUUGGAUGAUCUUGAAGCUGCUGUUUGCCUUUGCACUGUCAUUAAAGCCAGUGUCUUUGGUGGCACUAACUUAGAUCUUCCUCUCUCCUUGAGCUUGCUGUUGAACUACUGCGACAAGACUCUAUCAUCUGAAUUCCAGUGUUCUUAGAACUUGUUGCAACUUGCAAGUAAACAUGUGUUUAUUCAUGGUUUUGUCGAAUGAUUUAAGUAGGGUUCUGUUUAAUGUUUUGUUUGUGAUUGUUGUGUGCAAUACAUAGAAAUGGAAGCCUUACAUGAUCAAUCUUAUUAUGUUUAUAGAGUACAUAGCAAAUUGUACAAUCACUUGUUCUAUUUAUCUCUUUCAACUUGGAUGCUAUCAAGCAAUCCUUGGAAAAUUUUAGUACA